UGUAGGUCUCUGGCAGUGGGACUGCUGGUUAUUUGAGGGGUGGGAGGUUGCUAGGGGUUAAUUGGACUCUGCUUUUAAUGUCCCCUGGACCUGCCAGAUAUCUCCUGCUGCUCUUGGCUCCCCUGCAUCCAGGCUAUGCUCCCUUAACCUCCAUCUGUCGUCUUUCCAGGCUAUUCCAGGUGUUCAGCCCGCCCCCAGCCAUGCCUGUGGAUUUUGCCAUGCGGCUCUGCCUGACCCGCUCUCCUCCCAUCCGCAAGCUGCUGAACUCCUAUGAGGAGCUGCGGAGUGGCCGGGGGCGCAAACCCCUCCGCUCCUGCCUGAACCAGAAGGCCAGUGUGGAGCUGGAGCGGUGGGACAGCGCCAAGGGCAGCAGGAACAAGAAGAAGAGGGUAGUGUUUGCUGACAUGAAGGGGCUUUCUCUGACAGCCGUCCGUUUCUUUUCCAAAAUCGAGGAGGACCUGUGUGACCUGCAGCAAGCCCUAUCUGACCUGACCUGCCUGAGGCCCAAGCUGCGAGAUCCCCGCCCAGAGACUAAGAGGUACACCCUGGACUUCCCCCAGCCGUCUGCUGACUACAUGGCCUUCCGCAGCCGCCUGCACAGCAACCUGGUGUGCCUGGAGAACUGUCUGAUCCAGGAGCAGUCGCUGUCAGGGACCAUCAAGGUCAGGAACAUCGGCUACGAGAAGAAGGUGCACGUCCGCAUCACCUUUGACUCCUGGAGGAGUUUCCGGGAUGUCGUUUGCCAAUACAUGCACAACACCUACAGCGCUGCUGAUGCAGACACGUUCUCCUUCGACGUCACCCUGCCCAGAGCACCCGGCUUCUGCGGAGCCAUCGAGUUCUGCAUUUCCUUCCAGUGUGGGCAGAAAAUCUACUGGGACAACAACCGGGGGAUCAACUACAAGAUACGCCACUCAGGUUCCUCACCCCUGCCCAGCAGCCUCUCCCAGCUGGUGCGGGGUUCCAGUGUGGCUGGGGAGGAGCUGGGCUCCUCCAAAGCAGCCAUGCUGGUCCUCUCUCACUUGCAGACCUGGAGGCGUUCGGAGAACCGUGGCCCCUACUGGUAGUACCAGGAGUUCUGGGUGUGAUUGCCACGCUGUACAAAGGCUCCUCUCUGCCUCCAGCAGAGGCAAGGCCUUGCAAGGGCCCUGCUGCGGAACACACUGCUCGCUACUCCACUAGCUUGUCCGUGUCCACCCUGGUUGCCAGGCCCUGCUGUGGAAGCUGGUGACCGUAGCUCAGCGUGAAUCCUGGCCUGGGUUCUCCGUGCAGAAGGCGUCACUACGAGACACUGGGUAGGGGCACUUCCUGUGGUUUUCUUAUUCGCGAGAAGCAAGUUCAGGCUACGGGUGGCUCAAGCAACUGAGCUCCCAAGCUGCAGUGAAAACCCCCCAGCCGGUCUAGCAGCCAAGGGCCUUUGGACUAAGUGGGGGUGCAAGGCAGAAUGGCCACCCCCUUUAGGCACAGAAACCGGAGAGGGAGAGGCUGCCCAUGUGCCUUGUAAUUGUCCGGACCCCUGUGUGGGGAAGGGCUUGGAACAAACAGGCAUCUGGCCCGCGCUGCAGAUAACAGCACAAAUGUCUUUGUACCGUGAGCUGUGCCUGCCUCCCCCCACGGGGAGCCAAGGGCUGUGUCGCUUUCAGUCCCCUUGCAAAAGGCAGGGGGACAAGGCUCUGGGGACGUCUGGAGGGGGAGGCUGGCAGGUUCUUCACACUGAGGGUACCUGGCUGUGGGUGGCCUGGCCUGCUGCUGAGGGGUGCACUGGGGUGCUCACCAGAGGAAGC